ACCAUACUGAGUCUAAUCAUUUUCAGGUUGUAGUAGCUCAUCAAAGUAAUGCCACAUAUGCUGUGUUUAUAUACAAGUGUGGACUCAUGAACUGGACAUUAUAUCAUGCUGGUGUUGGUAUUAAUAGUGGUGAUGGGUAUUAUAUUAAUCAUCCACUAGCUAAUACUAGUAAUGUUACUGACAUAGACUGCUAUGAUGCAGUAUCUGAAUGGACUAAUAUUGUAUACAGACUAGAUCAAGUUAUAGAUAAGUUUGAGUUCCUAUCCAUUACACCUCACAGUAUUACAGUAUCAUGGAAUAUCAUCCCUAACAACAACAGUACACUUAUUCUGAGUAUUACUGAUUCACUUCAAACAGUUAACGAAACAAUUAACGUUACUGGACAUAAUGUAUAUAAUUAUACUGAAGACCUCUCUUCUUGUAAUGAAUAUACCUUUAAACUGGCACUGCCCAUGUCAAGUGGAUGUAAGGACAGCAUUAGCAUAUCUACAGUACCAAAACCUGACAAUGUAUCUGCAUUAUAUCUAACCAAUGAAACAAUAAUCAUAAGAUUUCAAAUAGAUGAGAAGAUUACAAAUGCAAUAAAGUUAUUUCUGUUUGAAGCUAAUGGACACAUUAAUACAUCAGAUCCAUUAGAUAUUAACAGUCUUCAAUACAUUGAUGAGUUUUAUGUUACACACUGGAAUAUAAAACUAAAUGACCAUUCAUUGUAUUACCUAACAGUAUCAGCAAUUGGUACAUAUGGAACUAGUACUUCUGAUCAUGUAACAGAAAUAAAUACAUAUAAUGUAAAGGAUAUAAUGAUAGAGAGGAAUGGAGAUAUUGUUUGCUUUGUUUGUAUUACUGAAGUGCUUAAUGAAUGUCAAGUAUUAAUAGCAUCAACAACAACACUGAUACCACAAUCAAUACAAACUAAUGGAACAUGUUAUUCAUUUACUGAUAAUGGAACAUACACUGUAUAUGCACAUGAUAUUGAGAAUGGAAUAAAGAUACUGACACCAGCAAUAGUUAUUGGAUACACAGUUGACUGGAUUAAACCACCAGACACAGAGAACACAUUAUCAAGUACAAAAAAGUUCAUAUUAUACCAAACAAGCAGUGAUGAAUUAAUACUUCCAAUGGAACCUAGUCUGACUACUUCAGCAAUGCUCACUACUACUACUAACAGUACUGACUAUCAAAGUCAAUCACAAAUGAUUGUUAUAAUACUGGGAGGUCUCCUUGGACUCACAACAUUUACUGUUCUCGUACUAUCACUGGCAAUGAUCGCAAUACUGAGGAAGAAAGGCAAAAGUAAAACAAACUCUAUACCUCAAAUUCAAGAGGCUAAUGACAUUCCAGUCACUACAAAAGAGGAUCCAGUAUAUGAAAUGAUGAACAAUGACAUACCAUCACUUAAUACUAAUAACUACUAUGAAGCUGUUGCUAUCAGUACCAUCACUGAUAACUCUAUGGUGUAUGAUGUCCCUGGAACAAAGCCUCAAGUUUCAUCUUACCCAUACAAAGUUGGACAUUUUUAA